ACUCGCAUUGAUCAUUCUUCUAUUUUUUAUUACUACUAUACCCUUCUCGAUUUCCGGUACGGAAGUCCUUAGCUCGGCUUCUACCCAAUACCGGCAAAUUCGCCGACGUUGAAGUUUCCCGUCGCUGUCUCCUUUUCCGGCGACGAUGAAGCUCUCGUUUUCUCUCUCUUCAAAGCCAUCUUCAAACCUGAAGAAGCAUCCGUCUUCUCAGACCUUCACCGGCGACGAUCCCCGCAACUCCUCAAACCCCGUCGAAAAAGAGUACGUCACGGAAUUCGACCCUUCCAAAGCUGCAGCUAGUUCCACCAAAGACACACUCAUAAUACCUCCAAAGCAGAACGAAUGGCGCCCUAUCAAACGGAUGAAAAAUCUCGAAGUCCCUCUCCAAGCGGAUGCUUCUGCUGCCGAUCAACCACUUCAAUUCGAACUUGACUCUGGCGCUGGUGUCGAACCGGCGUCAGAUGGAAUCUCUUACGGCCUCAAUGUCCGCCAAUCAGAAAACCCUAAUCCUGAUCCUAACCCUAACCCUAACACGAACUCAAACCCUAAACAGAUGAUUGAUCCGAUGUUGCAUAAGUUUAAGGAAGAUUUGAAGAGGUUGCCAGAGCAUAACGGGAUUGAUGAAUAUACUGAUAUGCCAGUGGAGGGAUUUGGGGCUGCUUUGUUGAAGGGUUAUGGGUGGGUUGAAGGUAGAGGGAUUGGUCGGAACGCGAAAGAGGAUGUUAAAGUUGUUGAGUAUAAAAAGUGGACAGCUAAAGAAGGGAUUGGAUUCAUACCUGAAGUACCAAAACCUAGCAGUAAGGGUGAAGGGGCUAUUAAAUCGAUUAAAAAGAAGAGUGAAGAUGGUGUUAAAGUAGAUCAUAGUGAUGGUAGUAUUGAGAAGAUAGAUAGAGAAAAAGGAGGGAAUGGAUUAUAUGUAGGGAAGAAAGUGAGGGUAGUGAGAGGAAAGGAAAUGGGAAUGAAAGGAGAAGUUUUGGAGGUGAAUAGCAGUGGAGAUUUGGUGAUCUUAAAGCUUGCGGACAAAGAGGUGAAGCUUCAAGCACGAGACUUGGCUGAAUUGGGUUCAGUGGAGGAGGAGAGGUGUUUGAAGAAGUUGUUAGAAUUGAAGAUUAGAGAAGAAAAGAGUAAACUUGAUGGGGUUAGGAAACAGUCAUCUGGAGGUAGAAGUAGAGAUGAAGCAACAACGGAGAGUAAAAAGGAAAGCAGAAGAAGUAGAGAUGAAAGGAGUGAUAAAGUAUCUUGGCUUGCUAGUCACAUCAGAGUUAGGAUUGUAAGUAAGGAUUUGAAAAAGGGAAGAUUGUAUCUAAAGAAAGGAGAAAUUAUGGAUGUGGUUGGACCGACAAGUUGUGAUAUAUGUAUGGAUGAAACUAGGGAGUUGAUACAAGGUGUGGAUCAGGAAUUGCUUGAGACGGCUCUUCCUAAGCGUGGUGGUCCAGUUCUUGUUCUGUAUGGUAGGAACAAAGGUGUGUAUGGCCACUUGGUUGAGAAGGAUAGUGAGAAGGAGACUGGAAUUAUCCGAGAUGGUGAUACAAAGGAGUUACUCAAAGUGCGACUUGAACAAAUUGCUGAGUAUCUUGGAGAUCCAAGCUAUAUUGGUUAUUGAUCCCAGUCCUAGUGAGUAGAAUUUGGCAUUGGCAUGAUGAGGAAUUGCUAUCAAAUCAAAGGUAUUGAAGUUGUUACUUCCUUGGCCUCUCAUGUUAUAUAAAACACACAUUAUCUUUUCUUUCUUAUUCAUGUAAGUGCUUUGAAGGUUAUAUUUUUGUAAUUUUGAUGCAUGUAUAAGUACUGCUGCUAAUGGUUCUUCUGUCAAGAACUUCUAGCUAUUAAUCCA